AUGAAGGUACACGUGCACACAAAAUUUUGCAUCAUUUGUUUGCUGACAUUUAUCUUUCAUCAGUGCAAUCAUUGCCAUGUAGAUGGACAUGACCAAGGACCACGUGUACACUGCCAUAGUGACUAUCAGAUCUCAAAUGAAUCCUACUUGCAGAAUGGAGGAACAGAAUCUAUGCCAAGUAAAUUUUCAACGUUGGAAGCUGAAAAUGAACAAAAAUACUACAUUGAAAAGAUUUUUGAUCGUUAUGGGGAAAAUGGAAGACUAUCUUUUUUUGGCCUGGAAAAACUGUUAAUAAGCCUUGGUUUAGGAGAGGUAAAAGUAGUGAUGAUAAAUCAUGAUGAUAUUGGCCAUGACCAUGUUUCUCACUUACAUGCUUUAGAGGUACAGGAAGGAAAGCAUUCUCACUCUCAUAACCAUCCUCACAGCCACUCAGAUUCAGAAAACCAAACAACGGUUGGUAUGGCUGCAAGGAGAAGUCAUAAAUGUGAUCUUGAGAGAGAGACAGCAGUACCAUCAGUGAAAGAUGAUGGCAGACAUGGUCAUGACCAGAGUCACCAUCACCAUCAUCACCACCCUCGUCUACAUCAUCAUGACCAUAAUGGUACACAUCACUCUCGUAAUGAUUCAGUUAGUCAUGGUGAACAUGGAGAACAAAACCAUGAACCUUCAACUGAGACAAACACAACUCAGGAUCAGCCAGAAAGAAAACAACGGAAACAGAAGAAGAAGCAAAAGAAGAUCAGUGAGACUUCAGGAGAUGCUACACGGGAUUAUGCCCCAGACCAUGAUCCAAGUGAUCAGUAUGAGCACAAUCGUGUUCAUAAACAUGAUGCGUCUCACUUGCAUGGGCACCAUCAUGAACACAGUAGUGAUCAUUCUAUUAGUCAUGGACAUCAAGAUUCCAGUUUAGGUAAUGCAGAUGGACGCCACCACACCAGCAAGCGAGAGGCAUCUCAUAACCAGAUCAGUGUAAGAAAACAUGCUAUUUUUUCAACACGUAGUCAUAAGGAUCAUAAUGAAGAUGAACGUGAGCGUGAAGAGUGCUUAAACGUUACCCAGCUGCUACGGUACUAUGGUCUGGAAACCAGCUCUCCAAUAUCUCCUGAAUUGUUUGUAUACUUGUGUCCUGCUUUGCUGUACCAGAUUGAGAGAAGGCUUUGCAUUGUGCAUUAUGAUGAGCUGGAAGAUUUUAUGAGAAGUAAAAACGCAUCGAUUGAGAAUAACGAUAAAACAGGUGCAUCAGCCUGGUUUUGUGGUAUCAUCUCUAUCACCGUCAUUAGCCUGCUUUCCUUGCUAGGUGUGAUCUUGAUUCCCAUCAUUAACCAAUGGUGCUUCAAAUUUCUUCUAACUUUCUUGGUAGCUCUGGCUGUAGGAACAAUGAGUGGAGACGCACUGCUCCACCUGUUGCCACAUUCACAUGGAGGCCACAACCACAGUCACCACCAUGGCCAAGGUCAUGUUCAUGAACACAAGCGGUCUCACCGACAUGCCCACGGACAUGGAGUAGGGACUGAAGGGUUUCUAGAAGAAAAUGAUCCUGUGCUAAAAGGACUUGUGGCACUUGGAGGCAUUUAUGUUUUGUUUAUCAUUGAACAUUGUAUAAGAAUGUACAAGCAUUACAAUAAACAAAAGAGUAAGCAGAAAUGGUGCAAAAAAAACCAGACUGAAGAAUCAGCAAUUGGAAGGAAACUUUCUGAUCACAAAUUAAAUAAUAGACCAGAUGCUGACUGGCUUCAGCUCAAACCCCUUGCAGGAGCAGACGACUCGGUUCUCUCUGAAGAUCGACUCAAUGAAACUGAAUUAACUGAUUUAGAUGGGCAGCUGGAAUCCCCUCCCAAAAACUUCUUGACUGUAGAGGAGGACAACAAUAUGCACCAUUCUCACAAUGAUGUCUCACAUGCUGCCCAAGGACAUGAUCUUCAUGAUUCAGAGUAUGACAGCCAUGGCGAAGAUAAAAUGAUAGCUAGAAAACACAGUCACCACUGGCAUCACAAGCAUUCCCAUCAUUCUCAUGGCCACUGUAAUUCUGGAAAAGACCUGAAAGAUACUGGGAUAGCUAAUAUUGCUUGGAUGGUAAUUAUGGGAGAUGGCAUUCACAACUUCAGUGAUGGCUUAGCAAUCGGUGCAGCUUUUAGUGCUGGACUGACAGGAGGAAUUAGUACAUCUAUAGCAGUAUUUUGUCAUGAGCUUCCCCAUGAAUUAGGUGACUUUGCUGUGCUUCUUAAAGCAGGGAUGACAGUAAAGCAAGCUAUUGUGUACAACGUCCUGUCUGCCAUGAUGGCUUACGUGGGGAUGCUGAUAGGCACGGCGGUGGGACAGUAUGCUAAUAACAUCACCUUGUGGAUCUUUGCCAUCACUGCAGGCAUGUUCCUCUACGUGGCCUUGGUUGACAUGCUUCCAGAAAUGCUUCAUGGAGAUGGAGAUAACGAAGAGCAUGGUUAUUGUCCUGUGGGGCAGUUCAUUCUUCAGAACCUAGGCCUGCUUCUUGGCUUUGCCAUCAUGCUGGUGAUUGCCCUCUAUGAAGAUAAAAUUGUGCUUGACAUCCAGUUUUGA